AUGGCACUCAAAGAUCUCGUCUCCGGCACGGCUUCUUCCACAAGUCGGAAAUUCGACGACUUUGAAGACCCCAAGGCCUUUGACAGGAGUGAAGAUUGUCUAUCGUGUCGAGUUUUAGGCUCGACCGCACUCACAUCCCUGGGGAUAUACACUUAUUACUCUGGCAUGCAACAACUGCGGACGCAGCGCAGGGCCAUCGAACUCAGCAAGUCAAAGUACAAGUCCGGCUCACGACAAUUGGGCGUCUUGUCGUUGUCGGCGACCUUGGUCGGGUUGGGGAUCUAUCGAAUGUUCAACUGA